AUGGAUGCAAAGAUAGGAAUGGUAGGCGUAUAUAGGAUGGGCGGGGUAGGAAAGACGACCAUUAUGAUAAACAUUAACAAUCGUCUCAAGGAUGCCAAGCUUUUUCAAAGUAUUAUCUGGGUGACUGUGUCUGAAGAUCUUAACUUGAAGAGGCUACAAACUGAUAAUGCAAAGAAAGUUGAACUAGACUUCAAAGAGGACGACAAUGAAGUAAGCAGAGCAGCAGCGUUACAUGAAGCAUUAAUGAACAGGCAGAAGUUUUUGCUCAUCCUAGAUGAUAUGUGGAAGUCAUUUUCACUAAAACAAGUUGGAAUUCCUGAACCUAGUGAAGAAAAUGGUUACAAGAUAGCAUUGACAUCUCGGUCAUUGGAUGUUUGCCAUGGAAUGAAGACAGAUAAAAACAUUAAAGUAGAAGAACUUUCCAAAGAGGAAGCAUGA